AUACAAUCUCGACACGAAAAGUUUUGAAGCCUAAGCGAAUACCAUGAGAGGAAUUAAAGUACUUCCAGUACUUCGUAACAAAUCGUGAAGCGACAAGGAACUCCACGUCAUAGUUCUUCCUCUGUCAAUUGGAAGUAGUUUCUUUAUCAUAAUUUAUCACUGCCGGAAGUUCGCGAUACCAAAUACAAAUUUCUUUGAUGUUGAAUAAAACAGAAAGACUAGUUCGCCAAGUACUAAGUAUCCAAAUUUAUAAAAAAUCGAUCGAACAGGGAAACUGCUUUUAUUUCGUUUCGUUUUAACUAUUUGGUGCAAAAAUGAGUAUAAAUCCAAUGAAGUGGAAAACCAGAAACGUAUUAUACUCUACUAUAGCGAUCCUCGUUAUUUACGUGGUUUUUGUGUAUAAGAAAAAGCAUCAAGUAAUGUUCGAAGGUACAAUACAUGAUUCGAAUCCUAUGCACGUAUGGGAAUUUGUGGCCGAUUUUAGUAAUAUGAAGAAAUUAAAUCCAACUAUAGAAGACUUUAAUGUUAUCGCGGAAAGUGGCAAUUACGAUCAUUGGAAGUAUUCCGUUGAGUAUAUGGAACAUUUAAGUCACUUACCAAUUAUUCGAAAUAAAGCGCACGGACAUUACGCUAUACGACAAGAUAACAACGGUUAUUUGAUCACUUCGAAACAUCAUACGUGCUUUUUCUCCAAAUUCGGAUGCUUGGAGUCUAUCUCACAAUUCAGAUUUGACCGUGACGGUACAAACGACACGAAGUGUAUCGAAACAGUGCAGUACGAAUGCCCCAUCAUAUUUUCGACAUUAUGCUAUAAAGAAGUCAUGUAUCAACGAGAAGAAAUAAUGAGGAGAUUGAAAUUAGAAUUCUCGGUAGCAAAAGUUGAAAACGAUUAACAUUAAUUAUUUUUCUCAUUUCGAUGUAAUGGCUAUUAUAUGAAGUACGAGUACUUAUUUUACUGUA